AUGGCAGCUACACAUCCCAGCAACGAGUUGACGUCUCAACUGUUGACUAACAACAUCUUCAAAGACCAACAACGACGCCGGCGCUUAACAGUUUCAAAACGACAGAAGAUGAGACAGUCAACAUGCAGAAAGACGAACCGUCUCUUGCCCUGCAGCGAGCGCCAGAAGGGCCCCGGAGGCGUCCCUGACAUCCAAUCAAGCCGUGGCCGCCAUCAACGCCUCCUUGUACGACAGCGAGCUGAGCGGAAGACGAACGAAGUCAUGAAGAACGCCUGUCCUGCCCCCAGUGUCGAUGAUCGCUCUCGAUCAGCGAAUAUCCACAGCCAAUUUCGCGGCAGACAGACUGGGGAUCCCGAUGAAGCUUGCUCAGUGGCUCGGUCUCUCGCUCAUCCUGGCAAGGGGGAUUUUCCUGGCCAGCCGUCCCUGUCUGUUCCUUGCAAUUCCUUGCUGUCCCUUGCUGGCCCCCAUGCUCAGCGUCCAAAAAUAAGAAAGGCGGAGCCAGUGCCAGUGCCAGAGAGCCCUGACAGCGUUCGCAACUCGCGGCAUCUUCCAGAGCUUCUUCUUCUUCUUGUGCAUCUUGAAACGAGAGCGCUGCCAAAGGGGACUGGUUUCAGGUCCUUUGAGGUCAAAUAA